AUGCCUAGAGCAAAUUUUAUUUAUUACAUAGCAGAUGCAUUCCUUAAAGAAAUGAAGCAAAUUGCCCUCAUUUUUUUCUUGACAGCAGCUAUCGUAUUUGCUACGGUUAAUGCAGAAGGAAAUUUGGAAAGUAUAUUCAAUGCCAAGCGCGAAGAUCAGGCCAAUUUAAAAAGUAUAUUCGGCGGUAAGCGUGAAGAUCAAGCUAAUUUGAAAAGUAUAUUUGGUGGUAAGCGUGAAGAUCAAGCUAAUUUGAAGAGCAUAUUCGGUGGUAAACGUGAAGAUCAAGCUAAUUUGAAGAGCAUAUUCGGUGGUAAACGCGAAGAUCAAGCUAAUUUGAAAAGUAUAUUCGGUGGUAAACGCGAAGAUCAAGCUAAUUUGAAAAGUAUAUUCGGUGGUAAACGCGAAGAUCAAGCUAAUUUGAAGAGUAUAUUCGGUGGUAAACGCGAAGAUCAAGCUAAUUUGAAGAGUAUAUUCGGUGGUAAACGCGAAGAUCAAGCUAAUUUGAAAAGUAUAUUCGGUGGUAAACGCGAAGAUCAAGCUAAUUUGAAAAGUAUAUUCGGCGGUAAACGCGAAGAUCAAGCUAAUUUGAAGAGUAUUUUCGGCGGUAAACGUGAAGAUCAAGCUAAUUUGAAGAGUAUCUUCGGUGGUAAACGCGAAGAUCAAGCUAAUUUGAAGAGUAUAUUCGGUGGUAAACGCGACGAUCAAGCUAAUUUGAAGAGUAUUUUCGGCGGUAAACGCGACGAUCAAGCUAAUUUGAAAAGUAUUUUCGGCGGUAAACGCGAAGAUCAAGCUAAUUUGAAGAGUAUCUUCGGUGGUAAACGCGACGAUCAAGCUAAUUUAAAAAGUAUAUUUGGCGGUAAACGCGAAGAUCAAGCUAAUUUAAAAAGUAUUUUCGGCGGUAAACGUGAAGAUCAAGCUAACUUAAAGAGUAUUUUCGGCGGUAAACGUGAAGAUCAAGCUAAUUUGAAAAGUAUUUUCGGUGGCAGACGUGAAGAUCAAGCAAACUUAAAGAGUAUUUUCGGUGGUAAACGCGAAGAUCAGGCUAAUUUGAAGAGCAUAUUCGGCGGCAAGCGUGAAGAUCAAGCUAACUUGAAGAGUAUUUUCGGCGGUAAACGCGAAGAUCAAGCUAAUUUGAAGAGUAUCUUCGGUGGUAAACGCGAAGAUCAAGCUAAUUUAAAAAGUAUAUUUGGCGGUAAACGCGAAGAUCAAGCUAAUUUGAAGAGUAUUUUCGGUGGUAAACGUGAAGAUCAAGCUAAUUUAAAAAGUAUUUUCGGUGGCAGACGUGAAGAUCAAGCAAACUUAAAGAGUAUUUUCGGUGGUAAACGCGAAGAUCAGGCUAAUUUGAAGAGCAUCUUCGGCGGCAAGCGUGAAGAUCAAGCUAACUUGAAGAGUAUUUUCGGUGGUAAACGCGAAGAUCAAGCUAAUUUGAAGAGUAUCUUCGGCGGUAAGCGUGAAGAUCAAGCUAACUUGAAGAGUAUUUUCGGUGGUAAACGCGAAGAUCAAGCUAAUUUGAAGAGUAUCUUCGGCGGUAAGCGUGAAGAUCAAGCUAAUUUGAAAAGCAUUUUCGGUGGUAAACGUGAAGAUCAAGCUAAUUUGAAAAGUAUUUUUGGUGGUAAACGCGAAGAUCAAGCAAACUUGAAAAGUAUAUUCGGCGGCAAGCGUAAAGAUCGAGCCAAUUCGAAGAAAAAAUUUGGCUGUAAAUGCAAAGGUCGAGGUAAUAUGAAGAGCAUGCUCGGUGGUAAACGUGAAGAUCAAGCAAACUUGAAAAGUAUUUUUGAUGGAAAGCGUGAAGAUCAAGCUAAUUUGAAAAGUAUUUUCGGUGGUAAACGCGAAGAUCAAGCUAAUUUAAAGAGUAUUUUCGGUGGUAAACGUGGAGAUCAAGCUAAUUUGAAGAGUAUUUACGGUGGUAAACGCGAAGAUCAAGCUAAUUUGAAGAGUAUUUACGGUGGUAAACGCGAAGAUCAAGCUAAUUUGAAGAGUAUUUUCGGUGGCAAAUAG